GUGACGUCACGGGCCGUAUCCGGGCAACGGCGCCCUAGCGGGUCGGGGCGGCCAUGGCGCUGCCGCUGCUGCCCGGCUUCUCCUUCCGCCGCAACAUAGGGGGAGAAAAUUUCCACAAGCCACAGCGCUGGGGUUACUGCAAUAAUGUUCCCAUGCUGUUUGAAGAAAAACCUGGAAUAGGAGGUCAACCGUUACUUGAUCAGAGGCCGAAACCUAAAUACACUGAAUUUCCUGAAGGAAUGGGAAGUAGUAAUCCUCCAGCUUGGAUAGCAUUUGACAAGCAGGUGUUGUGUUUUCAUGCCUAUUUUGAAGAAGAAGUGCCUGACAAAAAUCAAGAGCUUUACAGAAUCAGACACUGUAAAAUAUUCUUCUACCCUGAAGAUGAUACAAUUCAAGUGACUGAACCCCAUGUGCUAAAUAGUGGCAUAGAUCAAGGAACUAUUCUCCGACGGCAUCGAAUUCCACUUCCACCUCCUCAUGAAGAUCAGUUCUAUACUAUAUUUCAUUUCAAUAUCAACAUAGAAGUAAACUUUUAUUCCAGAAUAUUUAAGAUUGUAGAUUGUGACCUGUAUACAAAAAAUUUCCUGAAGAAGAUGGGAGUGAGAGUAAAUCCUCCCGGAACUCGUCCGCAUGAUCCAUACAUCACACAGCGACGACAGAGGAUUCUGGAGAGUACGAAUCCAGUGCGCCCUUACGAGCGCUUUGACACUUUGAAACAAUUUCUGGAGUACGAUGGACAAGUUUUAGGUUUUACCUGUGCCUGGAAUGACCCAGAAUGUCUGCAUUAUGGCCCACGAGAACUUGUUCUUCGUUAUUAUUUGGCUGAUGAUACAAUUGAUAUAAGAGAAGUUUUACCAGUAAACUCAGGCCGGGAUGUAGUUCCAUAUUUCCUCAAAAGAGAUAAGCUUCCAAAGGAUGGUCCCACUGAGAUGUUACAGCCAGGCACAAUCACCAAUUACACUCUUCUCAAUGUGUUGGGAAAGCCAGAAAGAAACAAAGGCUACUACUACAUUCGUGACACUCUGCAGACAGGAGCGGUGCGUCAGGAAUUUUACAAAGACUGUGACUUGAAAAUAGGGGCAGUAAUUAAUGUUUGGGGAAGGAAGAUGGUAAUCUGUGAUUGUGAUGAGUUCACUAAAGAAUAUUACAGGAAAAAGUACGGAACUGUGGAUUUCACCCCAGUUCAGUUUAAGGCUCCACCACCUCCAGAACCAGAAAAACCUGUUCCCCCUUAUAAUGGAUUCGGUUCCGAAGAGGAUUCUCUGAACUCCUGUAGGAAGCUGCUUCCCCAGGCUCCCCAAAAAGAUUACAGGCAAUUCCUGGUGAAAGACAGAUACGGCAUGGAAAGUAACACGCUGCGCUUCGGUGCCAAAUUCAUCACAGAAAGUCCUAUUGACAAGGAUCGGAAAUUCAUUAUUUCCUACUUCCUGAGUGAUGACACCAUCUCAGUUUUUGAAUAUACAGAGCGAAACACAGGGAUACCUGGUGGGAGGUUCUUGGACAGAGGUCGCAUUAAGAAGCCUGGGCAGGAACUCUUUAAGAGUGAGCUAUCUGAAUACUACAAGGCUCAUGAUCUGUUUGUUGGAGCCAGAGUUUGUUUCCAUGGCCACAACUUUCUUUUGGUGGAUGCUGAUGAGUACACGUUCAGCUACAUGGAGAAGAAUGCAAAUGAGUUCCCUGUGGCUGAUGUUGGUAUCCUCCUCAUGAAACUGAAGGACAUGACGGAAUCUCGUUCCAAAGAAAUCAGAAAGACGUUUGCUACUACUGACCCUGAGCAGACCAAUGUCGUUGACUAUGGCACUUUCAGAAAUUGGAUAGUCAGCGUCACUGGCGGAGCCUUCUCAGAACACGAAAUUAUGACUCUUGGACGUCACUACGGUGUGAGAGAUGACUGUCAAACAGACCUCACCUUCCUCCUUGCAGGGGCUCAUGAAAAACUGAAGAAAAAUAGCUUUGAAAAUUUUGAUCAACUGUCUGCAGUGUUUAUGUACUACGACCGUGAAAAAUGUGGAGUGCUGCCCUAUGAGACGUGCAGGACUAUUUGCAAGUCCUUUAGGUUGCCAGUGUCUGAUGAAGUUCUAGAAGCUUUACUGACCGGGUAUGAAGAUGACCAUAAGCAGGUGAACUAUCAGAUGUUUGUGCAUGGGCUGAACUGGAGAGAGAAUCAAAUCCGUCCUGUCCCGACAGUAAAGGGUCGUAUCAAGAAGCAAAGUGACUGGAGCCAAAUACCAACAUGCCCUCCUGUGCAAGUGGUCAAAUACUUACCUCUUCUGGAUGAUCUGUUUGGCAAGGAAGAAUAAUCUCAUCUGUGCAAGGCGCUGCUUUUAGAUUAGUGCUUCAGCUCCAAAGAUUUUGUAGACAGAUACUGAAAACAUUUCUUGUAAAACAAGAAAAUAUAUGUUUUAUUACAUUUAAUUUCUUGUUCCAACACUGAUGCAUACUUUUGUGUUUUUGGAACCCCUUUUAAAUCAGCAGUACUCUGUCAUACUUAUAGAAGCAUAAUUAAAACUAUAUCCUCUGA